CCUCUAGCGCCACUUCACUUUGACCAAACCCAAAUCAGUUCUCGACGUUCGAAAGUACCAAUCGUACCAAAGAAGUCAAACUUAUGUCCAUUUCUCCUUCUCUAGGUUUCCAACAAGCUUUCACCAUGGACCUCCAAAACGACGCCGUUUCCAAACCAAUUUCAGUCCUCGCUUGCAUUGCUAUGGCGUUGCUCUACGUCGUUACCUUAUACGCUCCCACCUUCCUCCUCCGUCUCCCACCUCCUUCUUCUUUCACCAAUUUCAUGAUCCGACGCUUCCUUUGCGCUGUCGUUUCAACCACUAUCUCUCUCUUCCUCACUCCUCUCAUCCUUCCCGUGCAAACUAGGGACUUGCCAUACAUUUUGGGCGUUUAUGGCAUCCGAGUGGAUCACAUGUGGCAGGCUGUGUUCAUUCCUCUUGCUUUGACCUCUCUAAUGUAUGCUGGCUCUUUGUUCCUCAAGUCUCUUCUGUUGUUUGAUUUUUGGAGGCAACAUUCAUUUUUUGGUGGCGAGAUUUCCAUCGAUUCCCUUAAAUGUGCUGUGACGAGAUUUAUUGACUGGUUUUCUGAAAUUUCAUCAAAUGUUUUGACUUGGCGAAACUAUGUUGUGGCACCCCUUACUGAGGAAUUGGUGUUUAGGGCGUGCAUGCUUCCUAUACUUCUCUGUGCAGGGUUUAAACCAUACAGUGCUAUGAUUCUUUGCCCCGUUUUCUUCAGCUUAUCUCAUUUAAAUCAUUUCAUGGAGAUAUACACCAAACAGAACUACAGAAUAAUGAAGGCUGCUAUGGUUAUAGGACUCCAGCUUGGCUACACCGUUGUCUUUGGGUCAUAUGCUUCUUUUCUUUUCAUUCGAACUGGGAAUCUUGCUGCUCCAUUAGUUGCUCAUGUAUAUUGUAAUUUUAUGGGCCUGCCUGUAUUGUAUUCACAGAGAAGUGGGAUUGUAAGUAUAGCAUCCAUAAUGGGAUUACUUGGCUUCCUGUGGCUUCUUUUCCCAAUGACAGCCCCAGAUUUGUAUAAUGAUAGAAUUGAUAAUUGCAGUUGUUGGCAAGGAUACUGCUCAUGGAGAGAAAGAAUAUGAAUGUCCUUGAUGUAAAUGUUAGUUUUCAUUAUGUAAGCUAUGCUACCUUUGUCAAAGUACCAUUUACAAAAAUAUUUACUCAUUUUAUGCUUUGGGUAAAUUUUCCGAGUUAAAAUUUGUUUGUAGGCUUUUAAGUUAUGGCGUAGUUUCUAAUUGCAAAAAAUGGCAACUAACAAGAAUGUUCGUCUUGAUGUUUUUUGUUCUUUUCAAAACGACUUCACAAAGCAAGAUAUGAUUGUGCAGUGUUUAUUGAUUUUUAUA